AAAAAAUGUCAACCUUGCCAGGAAUCAAAUAACAAUUCUUCCUUAAUUCGGAAGGAAGAAAGCGAGUUUCAAGGUUCCAAGGAUCGCGAUGGAGAGUGCUAGGAGUCACGCAAACACACAAUAAACUAUUUGGUGAAAACCAGGCAGGGUUUGUUUGGUAUUUAUUAGGGAAUUUUCAGUGCUUUAGGGCAGCCUUGCUCAGUCUCCCUUUUCAAUUCGAAUUUCUGCACUUUGUGGUGUUUCUGCUGGACAUAGGAGUUGAUCAGGACGACACCGUUUUGAAGAAUUGCGAAUCGUGAUGGAUUCCCGUACUCUGAGGAGACGACUCCACCACGGCGAUGUCGAUGGGGGAAGAUAUGAUCGUUUCGAGACUUCGAGAGUCGACUCGUUAAACGAGCCUCUGCUUGGAAUUAGGGAUCUCGAUUACGAUAGACACGCUGAGGAUCAAUUGCUGGGAGAUGCUUUGGAUGAUCAACGGAGGAAGGAGCACCUGCACUGGUCGCUGAUCUUUUCCAAUGUUCUUGCGCAGUGGGCGCAAUGGUUAGCAACUGUCGUCCUCGCAUCUGGAUCUCUGUUUGGAAGGAUAUUACCGUUCAUCUCAGGCAUGCAAAAUGGAGAAAACAACUUCCAACCUGUUAUUCUUAGCUCUUUGCAGAAAGAGCGGCUGAAACAACUUAAGGAGAGAUUGUCGAUACCUUUUGAUGGCACAUCUUCAGAGCAUCAAGAUGCACUUAGACAACUAUGGAGAUUAUCAUAUCCCGACAGACCCCUCCCUGCCCUUAAAUCUGAGGUUUGGAAAGAUAUGGGAUGGCAAGGAUCUGAUCCUUCAACUGAUUUCAGGGGUGGAGGAUUCAUAUCGCUGGAGAACUUAAUCUUCUUUGCCGAAACAUACCCUGAUUCAUAUCAAAGUUUGUUGCACAAGAUAGACGGAAACAGGUCGGAUUGGGAAUAUCCAUUUGCUGUGGCUGGCAUCAACAUUUCCUUUAUGCUCGUCCAGAUGUUAGAUCUUCAGUCUGGAAAUGUGAGCUCUAAGGCAGGGCAGCAGUUUCUAGAAUUGCUAGCGGAAGACGGGAUGGCUUUUGACAAAAUCUUCUGCGUCGCCUUCAAAUUGUUGGACGCACAGUGGCUGGCAAAGCGCGCAUCAUAUAUGGAAUUUAAUGAUGUGCUCAAGUCUACACAAUUACAGCUGGAGCGUGAGAUGGCACUCGAAGAUGUGUUGAGCGUGCAAGAUUUGCCGGCUUUUAAUUUACUCAGAAGCCGAAACUGGUAACUCUCGGGUGACUCCGUGUUUCUGUACAUUCUCGAUUGUGUUGGUGUUUGUGAAUCUGUUGUUCUAACCCGGUGCGGACGAUAAGAACUUGUAGAUUUUGUUUGUGACUGUAUGUAAUGACUUUGGAUGUUCGAUAAAAAAUUGAAACUAAACUU